AUGAUCAUUCAAGCUUCGGACACGUUGUUUUCUCAGGGCCAGUCUACCCUACUGAUCCAGUAUUGGUCCUCGAGCAUCCACACUCAAGUAUUUAUGCCGGUGUACCCAGUCUUACUUCCCUCGAGGAAGAUUCAAAUGGCUCAAGUACAUUUGAUGGUUCCAAGCCGCAACCCGGCCUUGCCUAACGAUAUUUUCUUAACCGACCUUGGUCUGUCACAACGACAACAACAACAAUACUACGUCGCAUUGCCAUUUGACCAGCAUACUUUGGUCGCAUAUCCUUCCUCGUGGGCACUUCCCACAACUAUGGGCUACCCGCAGGGCUCCACUGCUUCUCCUGAUACAGAGGACCGUUCCAACAUUUGGCCCACCAACUCCCAGGACGGAUCGCCUCCGGUGUCCUUGGAAUUUCAAAAUGCACCAAAACCUCACAGUGGCGACCUUAGAGUUCAUAAUGUCCCUUCCGCCCAACCAACUUCCACCGACAACCUUUCAUCACGGGAAACGCCAUUCAUCAUCAUUGAGGACCCAACACAUCCAGGCACUUACCGGGAGAGAAAGCCUCGAUCCAGGGAAGAUCUUGCAAAGCAGAAGCAGGCUAUUCAUGAUUUGAAAGUCUCCGGUGUGCAAUUGAGCUUGCUGGCGCCGAUUGUGACGGCCCCAAUCGGCACUUCCGCCGUGCCUCAAAGCCUCCCUUCCCAUGAGACAAUUGCUGCACUCAAUCAACUUGGAGCAACAGUCUUUCAGAGAGCGGAAGCAUUCACUGCCAUAUGGAGCAUUCGCGAACCGCAAGCUGAAAUCCUCCAUACGCGGCCAUUGACCAGUUUCUGGCGAAAGCAAUCAUUUGUGUGCAGUGUCCCCAACUUUCGAGGCUCGAAGUUGCCUACUGGCUCCCAUCCCCUCGUCCAGGAAGCUUUGAAAUUGGCAAGGCUAUUUCUUGCCAUUUCCGGCAUCGCCAAAACUUCCUUUUCCACACAAUCCGAUGAUUUGGGUGUGGCCCGGUUGACAAUGCUCCUGGUCUUAGUCGCCGGCUCUCAGCGCCUGGUAGAGAUCUCUCAAUUCUUCUCCGUCGGACUGCACGAUGCCCUCCGGCGUAAAGAUUUGCAGGAUAAUUACUGUGAUGGCCAAUAUCGACCCCAGAUCAAUGACCCGUUGCAUCCCCUUUGGGUUGCUUACGCGCUCUAUUACCGGGUCAUUAGCGGCCUAUUGGAUUUGGAGCCAGACUCGCCGAUCGCCAAUAUCUUCCAGUCACUGGAAACACACUUGGAUGAGGCUCACAAAACCACAUGGAGCGUUAUCGUCAACCUCUCACCUUGCGCUCGGCAUCUCAAGAGAAGACCGAAACAGGCCCUCCGAGAAGACAUCCCCAUUUUAUCAUCAGCAUCUCAUUUCGACCUGACUGUUUCGACAAACAUAGAAGCUUGGGACGAUGAGUUCGGACAUCAAAUGAUGCUAAGUCGAGACGAUCCAUUUUCUGAGGCAAGCCACGGUGUCAGGGCGCUUUUUGAGGAUUCGUGGACGCAGCCGUCCUUUACAAAUAUUGCAUUGACCUCUCAACCCGGCUUGAAGUCGUCGACAGAGCCGCGGGUGGCGCGUUCUAUGUUUGGUAGCAUAUCCAGGAUUGGGAGCCCAGAUUCAUCAUCGAUUGACCCGGCCGUCCUCAACCUAUUGGAUCUGACAGCUGUUCCACAAGGGGAGCUGAGGGAAACGAUUGACACUGUCAUGGUGGAGAACCCCAGCUUCGUCCGCUGA